AUGACUUCGCCAAAAAUUCAAAAGGAUAUUGUGAGUGCUUGUGCACAAGAGACCGUGAAAGCUAUAAUUGAUGACUUAGAUGGAGAUUAUUUUGAGAUUUUAGUUGAUGAGUCCAAAGAUAUUUCACACCAUGAACAAAUGGCCCUUGCUUUGCGGUAUGUUGACAAAAAAGGCCAAGUGAACGAGCCAUUUAUUGGUCUUGUUCGUGUUAGUGAUACAUUUGCAAAGUCGUUGAAAGAAGCAGUACUUCCUUUUCUAAUGAAACACUCAUUAAGUCCAUCCAAAAUACGUGGACAAGGCUAUGAUGGGGGUAGUAAUAUGCAGGAAAAACUAAAUGGCCUUAAAGCUUUAAUUUUGCAAGAAACUCCAUCGCUGUUGCUAAAAAAAUACAAGGAGGUGGAGACCUUCUUUGCUAUUGUUACUAACAUGUUGAAUAUGAAUGGAGUUUCUUUUAAGCGAAGAGAUCAACUUCAGGAACAUCAAGCAGAAUUGUUGGAGCAAUUGCUAGAGAGUGGUGAAGUUCAAAGUGGAAAAGGAUUAAAUCAAGAGCGAGGGCUUCAAAGGCCAGGUGACACUCGCUGGGGAUCACAUUGUAAAACGUUGGAUAACUUUAUUAUUUUAUUUUCUUCUAUUGUUCAUGUGCUUGGGGUGAUUGAAUGUGAAGGUGAUGUUAAUGAUAGGUUGCAAGCAGAAGCUUUUUCGAGUAAAAUUAAAGCAUUUGAAUUUAUUUUCUUGCUUCACUUAAUAUUGAAAGUGUUGAUAAUGUCAAACAAGUUGAGCAAAGCUUUACAGAAGAAAGAGCAAGAUAUUGUCAAUGCCAUGGUAUUUCUUGAUAUCACAAAGGAAAGGUUGCAAGAAAUGAGAGAUGAAGGAUGA